UGGAGAGGUUGCCAUAAGGUGUGAGGAUGUUUCCAUCUAUUUUUCCUUGGAGGAGUGGGAGUAUAUAAAAGGAAACCAGGCCCUUCUCAGAAAAAUUAUGAAGGAGGAGGAGGAGCCCCAGCAAGUCUGCCCACCGGACGGUGAAUAUGAAGAUAAGAGAGAGAUUCCAGCUGAUCUGGGAGGAACAUUAUGUUAUAAUAAUGAGCCAAGCAAGAUUGGGGCUGAAGGAGCAGAUUUUUGUGCCAACGGAAAUCUCACAAACCCUGAAAUGUCUCCAGCGGAACAGCCCCCACCGGCCAAUGGGAUUAAAGAGGAGGCGGCUUCAUGGGAAGAAGGAAACCUUUCUGAUUUUAGAAUUAUUACUGUUCACGAAUCAAUGCAGCAAACUAAUACAUUUACUCCGAGCUUAGGAUCCAGUCUAAAUACCAUCUUAUUAGACAGUGAUAUGUCAAAUGGAAUUAAAGAAGAAGCGGCUUCAUGGGAAGGGGGAGACCAAUCAAACUGCAGCAUUAAUCCCCUUACAGAACAGAUACAGGGAACAGACACACCUACUCCUAUCAUGGGGUGCACGGUUGUUAUUAAAGAGGAAGAAUCUUCAUGUGAAGGGGAAAACCAAUCAGAUUGCAGCAUUAAUCCACAUACAGAACAGAUACAGGUAACAGACACACCUACUCCCAACACAGAGACAUAUAACUGUUCAGAGUGCAAUAAACGUUGUAAAACUAAGGUCGGUUUUCUCAAGCACCAGAAAACUCACACAGGGGUAAAACCAUUUGUCUGUUCUGUGUGUGAGAAACCUUUUAAGCAUCAGUCAAAACUUAUUCUACAUGAGAGAAGUCACACAGGGGAGAAACCGUUCUCUUGUUCUGAAUGUGGGAAAAGGUUUACCCGGCAUGUACAUCUUAUUGAGCAUCACAGAACCCACACAGGAGAGAAACCCUAUUCCUGUACUGACUGUGGGAAACGUUUUUCACACAGUUCAGACUUUUACAGACACUGCAGAAUUCACAGACUAGAAAAAUUAUGUAUUUGCUCCCAAUGUAAAAAACAGUUCACGUCUCACUCAGAGCUUAUUGUGCAUCAAAGUAGUCACGUGGGAAAGGGACCAUAUUCUUGUUCUGAAUGUGGGAAACAUUUCAUGUCUACCUCACUGCUUAAUGUACAUCUUAGGGUUCACUCAGUAGAGAGACCGUACUCUUGUUCUGAGUGUGGGAAAUGUUUUAAGUAUUCCUCAUACCUUACUGUACACAAAAGAAUUCACACAGGGGAGAAACCGUUCACUUGCACUGAAUGUGGGAAAUGUUUCUCUGAUGGCGCAGCCCUUAGAUACCAUAAAAAAAUUCACACAGGAGAGAAACCAUUCAGUUGUACUGAAUGCGGGAAAUGUUUCCGUGAUCGCAUAAGUCUUACAUUCCAUACAAGAAUUCACACAGGGGAGAAACCAUUCAGUUGUAGUGAAUGUGGGAAAUGUUUCCGUGAUCGCGCGGGCCUUAAAUUCCAUACAAGAAUUCACAUAGGGGAGAAACCAUUUGCUUGCGAUGAAUGUGGGAAAUGUUUUAUGUAUCGUUAUCAGCUCACUGCACAUUCCCAGUUACACACAGGGGAGGAACCAUUGCCUGACAGUAACUGUACUGAUACACAGUGAGUAACAUACGAUUAUGAUGUUAUCAGAUUCCUUUUGGUUAAUGUAUUCUUAAUCUUCAAUAAAUAUUUAAUCUUCAGAGGUAAAACUACACGGAAUAUUUUGUAUAAAAAAAAAUGUCAGCUACAGAAAACAUUAGCCACUGCGUGAAGAGAGUUCCCCACCCAACUGCAUUUUGUAUAGUUUUACACUGCUGAUACCACUUCAGGUUCCUGCUACAAUCUCUAUCAAUAGCGAAACAACUUCUCUUCUUUACUCUCCUCCGUGUCCUCUAAACUGCAGCCAGUAUGUGCCACAUUUAACUCCGUACUGUGACACAGUUGACCGCCCAGUCCUCCCACACAUUCUGUACUCAAACUGCUCUUUGGUUUAAAUCUUAUCUUCCUGUUUCUUAAAAGUUGCCUUUUCUAAUUCUAGCUCCCGAGGC